CCUAGACACCUGCGCAGCACCGCUCAGUCAACCCAGCUCGACAUGAGAGAGGAUAACAGCUCAAACCCCCGUCUGUCGCGCUUGGCCGAGUCUGCCUACAACUCGCCUUACACCCGGUCGGGCGCCCCAGCCCCCCAUCCAAACACGGACCCGUAUGCUCCGCUGCGAGCAAAAGCUCUGGCAACCCUCGAGGCCAUGGGUUACGAUCCUCAGACCAUGGUCGAGCGCGGAAUCGUCUGGGCUGAGGAUCAGGACCCGUUCGGUCACGUCAUGCAGUCGCAAUACAUGACCUUCCUGGGCACCUGCUUCCACCGGGUCAUGGAGAGCUAUGACGAAUUCCUGAAUGAGGAUGAAUACAACGACAUGAUCCUCGCCAAGACGGUCGUUCCCGUCGUGAGGCGAUACGAGCUCGACAUCCGGAGGCAGGUCAAGUAUCCCGAUGCGCUCAUCGCAGCGUAUCGGGAGGAUCUCAUUGAGCCCACCCGCAACAGCGGAACGACUUCGCUCUUCUCUCUCAAGCAGCAGGCUAUUGUUGCCGAAGUCAAGGGCUCCGUCACCUACAUGGAUGUGAGGACCGGACGGCCUGUCGACAUCCGUACGCUUGGCGGCGGAUGGCCGAAGGUGUUUGAAGGAUUCACCAAGAAGGCGGAGCAUGCGAAGAUGCUGAAGGAGAAAUGGGACAGGGAGCACCCGAAGUCCGACAAGAGCAUAGCAACUUCGAAGAUUUGACCUUUAGUAGAGUUGAGUGUAGCUCUAAUCCAUUGAGCCAUUGCUGGCUGGGUACUGCGAUGGGCAAAGGCAAUUUUAGCUCGAAGUGGGGAAGCCCAUUUCCCGACGAAAGCAAAACCUUCACUGAAGAAGGCUAUCGAGGGUUUGGGCCUGAGAAUAAUUGCUCCUGUAGACGAUCAUAACUACCUAGCGCAGGCUCUAUUGCAACUCAAAAGUG